CAGGUUGUCUACAGCAGCCAACACCGGACACAACAAAAGUCUGAAGAAUCAUCCGAAUGCUACUCCGCCGUCUAUACGCCAUGUCCGGCGGAGCAAUUUCCUAUUCGGCGUCUUCGGUCUCACUCCGAAACAACCUUUCUUCGUUUCUAGCCUCCACUCCAAACCUCUUCAAUGGUACCCGUAUUAAGAAUCGCGUUUCCUUCUCUUACAACAGUUUCUCCAAACACUCUAUUCGUUGCUUCUCAUCUCCCUCCAAUUUUAACAAAGUCAAGGUUCAGAAUCCCAUUGUAGAAAUGGAUGGUGAUGAGAUGACGAGAGUUAUUUGGUCAAUGAUUAAAGAAAAGCUGAUUUUUCCAUAUGUGGACCUGGAAACUAAGUAUUUUGACUUAGGGAUACUGAAUCGUGAUGCUACUGAUGAUAAAGUGACAGUGGAAAGUGCUGAAGCUACUCUUAAGUAUAAUGUUGCAGUAAAAUGUGCAACAAUAACUCCAGAUGAGACCAGAGUCAAGGAAUUUGGACUCAAGUCUAUGUGGAGGAGUCCCAAUGGCACUAUAAGAAAUAUACUAAAUGGCACUGUUUUCCGUGAACCUAUAUUAUGCAAGAACAUUCCACGGAUUGUUCCAGGUUGGAAGAAACCGAUCUGUAUUGGGAGGCAUGCUUUUGGAGAUCAGUAUCGUGCCACUGACACAGUGAUUAAUGGACCAGGAAAGCUUAAAAUGGUGUUUGUCCCUCAAAACGGUGACAAGCCAAUUGAGCUGGAUGUAUAUGAUUUUCAAGGACCUGGUGUUGCCCUUUCUAUGUAUAAUGUUGAUGAGUCAAUUCGAGCUUUUGCCGAAUCAUCGAUGUCAAUGGCACUUUCAAAGAAAUGGCCUCUUUACUUGAGUACAAAAAAUACAAUUCUCAAGAAGUAUGAUGGCAGGUUCAAAGACAUAUUUCAGGAAGUAUACGAGGAGAACUGGAAGCAGAAGUUUGAAGAAAGCUCGAUAUGGUAUGAACAUCGGUUAAUAGAUGACAUGGUGGCUUAUUGUUUGAAAAGUGAAGGCGGUUAUGUAUGGGCUUGCAAAAACUACGAUGGUGAUGUCCAGAGUGAUUUACUUGCUCAAGGUUUUGGUUCAUUGGGCAUGAUGACUUCAGUUUUGCUAUCUUCUGAUGGUAAGACACUGGAAGCAGAGGCGGCUCAUGGUACUGUCACUCGUCAUUUUCGGGUGCACCAAAGAGGUCAAGAAACCAGUACAAAUAGCAUUGCUUCUAUAUUUGCAUGGACCCGUGGUUUGGCACACAGGGCUAAACUAGAUAAUAAUGAAAGGUUAUUGGAUUUUGCUCACAAACUAGAGGCUGGAUGUGUAGAAACCGUGGAAUCAGGGAAAAUGACCAAAGAUCUAGCUCUUUUGAUUCAUGGCUCCAAGGUAUCAAGGGAAUCCUAUCUGAAUACAGAAGAAUUUAUUGAUGCGGUUGCUGAAAAUCUCAAUUCGAAACUUCAGACAACUGUACCCGUGUAGGUUUCUAUAACUUGAGCGAGAAUCAAGAGUCUUUCUUAACUUUUGAUUAGUUUCAUGAGGUUCUUUCAAUAACAAAACAUGUAAGCCAAAACUUAUGGCCCCAAUACAGCGUGCAGAAAUAUUUACUUUGGGAUAGAUCUUGUUAUUAAGAGCUUGAUCCCAAUAAUCACAUCAUACAUCCUUGCAAUGUCUAGACUACUUGUUAAGAGAUUUGUUUUUGUUUUUGUGUGAUCGGGGUUUAUUC